AGAGUGAAGCUGGAAAGUAGCCAUUCACCCAUUUGGAUGAGAGAGAAGCCGGGCACUGUCUACACUAAGUUCCUGGCCCCGAAUUGGACUUUAAACGUCGAAACAGUCACAAUAUCACGAUGCGUCGUCAUCCAAGUCAUCAACUGGAACGCUCUUGACGGGAUAAUCGCCCGAAUGUCGGCCAAGAGUACAUGCGACGUCCGCGCCAUCGCUUGCCUCAAUUCUUCCCCGCUUGCCUCUCUUUCUCGACUUUAAACAAUUGAGAAUUUGAUUUAUUUUCAGUCGUCAUGACGGAAAUAAGCGAGAAGGAUAACGAGCCCCAGCGGCGGGACCUCCAGAGACCACCGGCAACUGCACCCAGUCAGCCAGAGUCCAAGUUGCAGCGUCUGAAGCGCUCCCUCUCCUUCAAGUCGGUGAUGCGCAGUAAGAGUGUGGACAACUUCUUCCAGCGGAGCAACGGCGACCCAAGGCCCCCAUGCACGCUCAUCAUCGCCCCCCCGCCUUCACCGCCGCCCGCUCCGUCCGAGUCGCCUCUGGCCUACGAGCGAUCGCCCUCGCUCUCGCCGGCCGUCAGCCCCAUCCCGUCGCUGUCUCACUCGCCAAUCGUCAGCCCGUCGUUGCCCAAAGUUCAGUCUGUGGCGCCAGUCAAGACGCACAGUUUCCACGAGCACGUGUUCCGUAGGCCCACCAACUGCGAGAGAUGUAAACAUGUCAUACAAGGCAACUCCAAGCAAGGACUGCGGUGCAAAUCCUGCAAGAUGGCGGCUCAUCUUUGGUGCUCGUCGGAGCUGUCCCAGCAACCAUGCAAUGGCAAGACGGGAGCUUUUAAGCGAAACUUCAGCUCACCUCUACUAACCACAGAAUCGCUGGGCGUCGUCAGGGAGGCGCCUGAUGUGCAGGAAGUCGAUAGCACCACAGUGGACCCCAUUUACGAAGCGUUACGCUAUGGGACAUCACUGGCCCAGAUGAGUCGCUGCAGCUUUGGUAGCAUCUCUGAAUCGCCUUUUCAUGAGGAUGAAAAGCUUCCCGACAAGCUGGAGAAUCAACCAAUCGCAGAAGAGGAGACCAUUCCAGGAAUGCUUACACCUCCUGAAAGCGAGAAGGCAGAUUCUGAAGAACGAGUCAGCUUGAAGACUCCCAAGCGUGUGGAAAUCCAUUCAAUGCACACCUACGUGGCUCUUUACAAGUUUCUGCCUCAGGAGAACAAUGACUUGGAAUUACAGCCCGGCGAUCGAGUCAAAGUCACAGAUGACGCCAACGAGGACUGGUGGAAGGGGAAAAGCCGGAACAAGGUGGGAUAUUUCCCCGCCAACUUUGUGCAGCGGGUGCGUCCUGGCGAGCGGGUGUGGAAGGUCACGGCCAGUUUCCACGGCAACCGAGACAAAGGCCAGAUGACAGUGAAAGAGGCCCAGAUCUGCGUGGGCAAGAACGACGAGACGGACGGCUGCCUGCGGCUAAGCAGCGGCAAAAAGCGAGGCUUGGUGCCGAUGGACAUUUUGCUUGAAAUAUGACAGCUAAUGCUAAUAAUUCUAACAUAAAUUGACAAAGAAACCCUCGGGAAUGCUGUUUUCCCCUGCAAAAUGAUGCACACCGGCAUUGAGAACGACAGCUUUGCUUGUUUUGUUUUCUUUCGAACUACUGGUGUAGCGCAACGUAGCGUCCGGAGAAUAGCAAGCAGUAACUUGGGUGUACUUCAGCGCUAACUGGGAAAGCGUGAUUGAACUUUGGACAAGAUUUUGUUUUCAUUCCUGUAUUACUUAUGUUCAGAAUAAUAAUACCGUAAUUUUCUGACUAUAAGCCGCUACUUUUUUCCUUCAUUUUGACUCCUGCGGCUUAUAUUCCAGUGCGGCUUAUCUGUUGAUUUAUUUGGGUUAAUGGGUAACACUUUAUUUGACAGCGGCGUUAUAAGACUGUUAUCUGGCAAAUUAUCCAGCUUGGAUCUUUUACAUCCAUUCAGCCAAGGGCGUAGGUUUGGUCUCAACAUUGGUAGGGACGAUAUAACAGCAUAACCUGCAUGUACACUUUUUGCUGGGGACGGGAUAUUCAUAAUGAUCAAUGCAAAAUAAAUCUGUAUUGAUUUAUACUAACUUUUAUGUGUAUUGGUUCAGCAUACACUGUUCAAUUCAAACCUUUGUUUUCUGAAAUUACUAAAGAAACAUUUUGAAAACUUCCAAAUGUCUGGCUUUUAAGAGCAAAUUUAUAUUGCAUUAUUUGAACAUAACUUCAAUUAUACAUAUUAACAUACAAAAUAAAUACAAGCUUGUUAGUUAUCUCUUAAGGAUCCAGGAAUUAAAAAACAAAAACAAAAACAUUUGUCUACAGACCACUCAACAUUGUCUAAAGAAAUCAAAUAUAACUGAAAAAACGUCUUUGUCAGGGAAUAACAAAAAAAUUAAUUAAAAUUGAGUUGUUCUUCAGGUAAAACACUACUGCUUUUGUCCACAAGAACAGCCAAACUCAUCAAAAAAAAUGAAAGCUCCUGUAAGAUGCUUUAAGACCACAUAAAUAAAUUAAAAGGAAAAAUUGGGGAGAAGUGGGUGGACCUCGGUUCACUACAUUACAUUACAUUACUUACAUUACUAAUUUAAUGUUAACAGUAGAAAACACAUACAGGAGAACCCUUCUCUCUAAGCAUCUUCCUAAUUGAGUUUUGCACGUUAGCCAUUUCAAACAGUUUAAUGUUAUGCUAACUCUGAUGCAGGUCAGACAUUCAGUAGCAAAAUUAGGGGUGUGUUCCCCACUUCCACAACAUUAAUGUCUUUUUUACACAUCUUACAGUGGCUGCUACUUGCUGGAAAAAAAACUUCUAAUAUCCCUGAUAUCUAAUCUGAGUGUGUGUUGGGCGGUCAAGUCACCAGCCAAUCAAAUAAGCAUUUCGGAGGGGAAAAAAAUGAACCGGCACAUCCAGCAACUGAAAAGAGGUACAAGUCCCAAAUAGCAGACCAACAUUGAAAAGAUGUUGGAUCAACAUUCCGCUGUCGAUCUUAUAUCAUUGAAUCAACGUCACUUUUGCACACUUAAUUAAUGUUGUUUCAACGUUGAAAUCCUUACAGAACCUAAACGUCAUUCCGAUUGUUAAUAAUAUUGGAACAACGCUGAAUCAAUGUUAUGUUUUCGAUCCAAAAACGCCCGCUCAUCCAUAAUUCAAUGACUUUGUAAUCAUCUUUUCAAUCAUAUUUCCCAGUCAAUCAUAAAUCAACUAUUUGUCAACAUUAGUUCAUCAACCAUAAAACAAUGUAAACCCAACCAUCGCCUGACAUACCAUAGAACAACGUUGUUUCAACAUCACUUGGCGUUGGAAAUUUCCAUGUCAACCAUACUGAAGAUUUUGAUGGAAAAUCAACGUUUAUUCAAUGUCGGUGACUGUCAGUCUGAACAUAAUGAAAAUAAUUCACUUAAUAAUGGUGGGCUCAAUUACAACAACUAAAACAUAUAGGAUGACAAUCUAAAUGACAUAUAACUGAAGUCAUUAUAUAACGCAAAUAAGGUUGCUUAAAAGUCCUGAAAAGUUGGUCGUGUUUUGUCCCUUCCGUCCCUAUGCGAACCUACGCCCUUGCAUUCAGCAGUGAGAUAAUUUGCCGGAUAACACUAAAUGACAUGUGUUAUAAGCAUUCAUUAAUGCUCAUGACAGUGGCAUGUCAUAAUUAUGAUUGUCUAAUGGCAGUCUUACAACGCCACUGUCAAAUAACGUGUUACCAAAUACCAUAACUAGCAAUUAAUGAAACAACUGGAACAGUAACUGAAGAAAUAUUUAGCACAGAACAUGAAUUUUGAUUGUUAUUUACAUAUGUAGCACUGCAAUGCAUGCUAGGAGGCAUGUUGGACAACAACAGUGUUGACAGCAGGUGGCAGCAGAGGUUGACCGUCUCCCCCAAGGGAGCAGUGAUGGCACAAUGACGCUUCUUGAAGCAAUGAAGCCUUGCAGCCAUUUAGUUCAAAACUUCAUGGUGGUGCAUUUGGUCUUAUGACAGUCGUAUGAUGCCGCUGUCAAAUAAAGUGUUACCAGUUAAUAUCUUUUGGUGUAAAUAUCCCAUAAUACAGUGACGACAGCUGCGGUUUAUAGUCCAGUGCGGCUUAUCUAUGAACAAAUGCCAUUUUCAUGCCAAAUUUGGUGGGUGGCGGCACAUAGUCAGUUGCGCCUUAUAGUGCGAAAAUUACGGUAAUCUGAUUCCAAUUUGCCUUAUCUGCCGUAUUCAUGGUCACGUUAUGGUAUUUCGAAUCAAAAUGGCGUCUUUUGCGUGAAAGCAAUAAAUUGUAUAUACAGUAAAGCCUUCUAGUGACACGCUAAUCUGAACAGUAUAGCCAUGCUGGAAGCAACUCAUAAGGGCAUGGAUAUCUCACAUUUGAAAAGUGACGCGUUGUGAGAGUAUUCACAGCGUCUCACUUUCCCACUUUUUCCUAUUUUGAUUAGAUUGCAGAAAUUUCUGGAUGCUCAAUUCAUCUUAACACUAUGCACACGCCGUUUAGUCGCCAGCUUUUUCUCCACGCACACAUAAGUGCAUCCAGAUGGUAUUUACAGCGCUUCACUUUUCAACAUUUUCUAUGCACAUGCCAUGUAGUCGCUCACUUGGGCUCAGGAUCCCUUUUUGACGUUUCGGUGUCGCCUAAUAAAGUGCGAUGA